AUGGAUUUUCCAAAAGAAGAAGAAGAAAUUCUCAGAAAGUGGAAGGAGAUCAACGCUUUCGAGCGACAACUCGAACUUUCUGAGGGAAAGCCUCGAUAUACCUUUUAUGAUGGACCUCCUUUCGCCACUGGUUUACCUCAUUAUGGUCACUUACUCGCAUCUACCAUCAAAGAUAUCAUCCCUCGAUAUUGGUCAAUGAAGGGCUAUCAUGUCGAGAGACGUUUCGGAUGGGACACACACGGCUUGCCGAUUGAGCACGAGAUUGACAAAAAGUUUGGUAUUUCUGGAAAGGAUGCUGUCAUGAAGAUGGGACUGGCAAAAUACAAUGAAGAGUGUAGAGCUAUUGUUAUGCGAUAUUCGUCAGAAUGGCGCACGACAAUCGACCGAUUGGGCCGUUGGAUCGAUUUUGAUAACGACUACAAGACAAUGGACCCCAAAUUCAUGGAAUCAGAGUGGUGGGUAUUUAGCGAAAUCUUCAAGAAGGGAUCUGUCUACCAAGGCUACCGAGUCAUGCCAUACUCGACAGUUCUCACCACAGCUUUGAGUAAUUUCGAAGCAAAUCAAAACUACCAGGAUGUCACCGAUCCUGCAGUUGUCGUAUCUUUCCCAUUAUUGAAGGACCCCUCAACAUGUCUUUUAGCAUGGACAACCACUCCUUGGACCCUCCCGUCGCACACUGGUUUAGCCGCGCAUCCAGAUUUCGAGUACGUCAAAAUUCACGACGAAGCCUCGGGAAAGAACUAUAUCUUGUUGGAGAAACUACUCGGUACACUAUACAAGGACCCUAAGAAAGCCAAGUUUAAGAUCGUGGAAAAGAUCAAGGGUAAAGAUAUGCUUGGUUGGCAAUACGAGCCGCUUUUCGACUAUUUCUAUGAAGAAUUCAAGGAGCAUGGCUUCAGGGUCCUGAAUGCUGCAUACGUCACCGACGACAGUGGUGUUGGUAUUGUUCAUCAAGCACCAGCUUUCGGAGAGGAAGAUUACAAUGUCGCAAUGGAAGCCGGCAUCAUCAAUGAGCAGCGACCAGCUCCAUGUCCAAUCAAUGAGACCGGUCACUUCACUGAGCAAGUUCGGGAUUUUGCUGGUCUUCAUGUUAAAGCAGCCGACAAAGCCAUCAUUAAAUAUCUGAAGGGAACUGGGCGUCUAGUUGUCGAAUCCUCUAUUAAGCAUAGUUAUCCUAUGUGUCCGCGGUCAGACACCCCAUUGAUCUACCGAGUUGUUCCUUCUUGGUUCAUCAGAAUUCCCGAAAUUGUUCCUGAUAUGUUGAAGAAUAUUGAAGGCUCGCACUGGACUCCAUCCUUUGUCAAGGAAAAACGUUUCGCUAGUUGGAUUGAAAAUGCCCGUGACUGGAAUGUUUCGAGAAAUAGAUAUUGGGGAACUCCAAUCCCAAUCUGGGUCAGUGACGACUAUGAAGAGAAGGUAUGCAUCAGCAGUAUCGCCGAGUUGAAGGAGCUCAGUGGUUAUGAGGGUGAAAUUACCGACCUCCACAGAGAUAAAAUUGAUCACAUCACCAUUCCAAGUAAGAUGGGUAAAGGCCAACUUAAACGUAUUGAGGAGGUCUUUGAUUGUUGGUUUGAGUCUGGCAGCAUGCCAUAUGCCAGUCAACAUUAUCCAUUCGAGAACAAGGAUAAAUUUGAGCAAUCUUUCCCUGGUGAUUUCAUUGCGGAAGGUCUUGAUCAAACUAGAGGAUGGUUCUACACCCUUCUUGUCUUGGGUACACAUUUGUUCGGCGUUUCACCUUUUAAGAACUGUGUUGUCAAUGGAAUCGUGCUUGCAGAAGACGGCAAGAAGAUGUCAAAGCGCUUGAAGAACUAUCCUGAUCCUGGCAUUGUCAUGGACAAAUAUGGCUCUGAUGCUUUGCGUUUGUAUCUCAUCAAUUCUCCAGUCGUAAGAGCUGAGCCAUUGCGCUUCAAGGAAGCUGGAGUUAAGGAAGUUGUGAGCAAGGUUCUUUUGCCUUUGUGGAACAGUUACAAGUUUUUCGAAGGACAGGUAGCAUUGCUUAAGAAGAUGGAGAACGUUGACUAUGUAUUCGAUCCUACUGCCGAAGCUACUAACACCAAUGUUAUGGAUCGAUGGAUUCUUGCUAGUUGCCAGAGUCUCCUGAAGUUUGUAAAUCAGGAGAUGGCAGGUUACCGUCUCUACACUGUCGUUCCCAGAUUACUGGAUCUCAUUGAUAAUACCACAAAUUGGUACAUUCGUUUCAAUCGUAGACGUCUAAAGGGUGAAUCUGGUCUUAAAGACACUAAGCACGCACUUAACACCCUCUUUGAAGUCCUUUUUACCCUAACGAGAGGACUUGCUCCAUUCACACCAUUCCUCACAGACAACAUUUAUCAACGUCUGUUACCUCACAUUCCCAAGGAGUUGCAAGCUGAGGAUCCACGAAGUGUACACUUCUUGGCUUUCCCAGAUGUGAGAGAGGAACUCUUUGAUGUAGAUGUUGAGCGCCGUGUAGGUCGCAUGCAACGUGUUAUUGAGUUGGGCAGAGUUUCCAGAGAACGCCGCACAAUUGGUCUUAAGACCCCUCUGAAAACUUUGAUUGUCAUCCAUCACGACCCAGUUUAUCUUGAAGAUGUCCGUUCUUUAGAAGGCUACAUUACUGAGGAGCUCAAUAUCAGAGAACUUAUCCUCACCUCGGACGAAGCGAAGUACAACGUCCAAUACAGUGUUAAUGCUGAUUGGCCAGUUCUUGGAAAGAAGUUGAAGAAGGAAGUUCAAAAGGUCAAGAAGGCUUUGCCAGGAUUGACUAGUGAGCAAGUUCACAACUACGUGUUGGAGAAAUCAAUUGUUGUCGAUGGUAUCAAGCUCGAAGAGGGUGACUUGGUUGUCAAGCGAGGUCUUAAGGAUGAUGAAUCGUCCAAAAACCUCGAGACCAACACAGAUGAGGAUGUUCUUACUAUCUUGGAUGUUGAACUCCAUGCAGAUCUUGCAGAUGAAGCAUUGGGCCGCGAGAUCAUCAAUCGUGUGCAAAGAUUACGUAAGAAGGCUGGUCUUCAACCAACUGAUGAUAUUAAGAUGGAGUACAAGGUGUUAGAAGAUCCUUCGAGCAUUGGUCUACGUGAAGCUUUUGCUAGUCAAGCACAGGCCAUUGAGAAAGCAUUGCGAAGACCUUUGAACGAAGCAGAAGGAAGUGCAGCAGGAGAGAGCGUCAUUCUGGAAGAGGAUCAGGAGAUCCAAAAAGCUACAUUUUCGCUCAGACUGUUGAAGUUAUGA